AUUUCCAGAGAAAGACAAGGCCAAAGUGGUUAGGAAAUGUUCGGAACGGGUCACAAGUACAAAAUUUAUUGUCUUAAUUUAACAUCGCUGCGACAACACCAGAAUAAGAACAUACGUAUAGUGCUAGCGCGGUGGGAACGGUGAGAAUGAUAAAUACACGGAAAUAUGUCAUCGGUUUCGGUUCAGUCGUCACUUUUCUAUUCCUAACUAUUUCUUUGUUCUCGGAUCACUGGUUAAACCAAAGGGCAGCAUGGACGGUUAGCAUACACGCAGCUGGCCUAAUGUUUCGGAGCUCGCCCGAAGUUGUCAAGAAGUCCGAAGUUGUCAAGAAGGAAAUGUAUUCUUAUUCGGGACUUUGGAGAAUAUGCUGCGGGGAGGCCAUGUGCGCUGGAAGAUGCAAAAUCCUCGACUCACUGACGUCAGAAGUGGAAUCAAGAACAAUAUCAUCUAUAUACGUCAUAAACAUGCUGCGGCGUUCCAACAUGUUUCCAAUACUCAGUGUGUUUCUCACGUUCUUUGCAACUGUGCUGCUUGGCUUUAGUUACAUCUGGGCUCCAAAGAAAUUGAUAUUUCCUUUGAUAGCUGGGGUUUUCUUCGUUCUUUCAGGACUUAGCAACGUUCUUGGCAUCAUCAUAUAUAUUUCAAGCAGCGACAAACUGAGUAAAGAAAAGACGCCCGAUACUUAUUAUGGUUGGUCGUUUUACUUCGCUGGAUUCGCCUUUCUACUAGCAGAGAUAUUGGGUGUGAUGGUUAUUCAAGAUAUAGUUAAAAUGAUUUCAAACAACGAGCAAGAGGAAGGCGAAGAUAAUGACGAUGAAGAAGGAGACAACGAGGAUGAGAAAGGAAGACGAGGAUCAAGUACGAGUAGAAGAAGUUACACGGAUCCUUCUAGUUUAAGGAGAAGCUACCGAAGGGCGUCAGUAAAACGAAUGGACGAAACCAACAUAACAGUUGAUACGAAACUUAUCAACCAACUACAAAGGUUGCAUCGAAAGUUGAUCAAAGAUUUUCCGGAAGACGAGGAAACAAGUCAACAAAAUAACUCUCCGGAAAAGACGGCAGAAGCGAGACCAAGAAGCGCAGAAGAUACGCCAGGUCUGCCAUAUUCUGACAGCGGUUACCAUGACAUGUCAUCUAAUGAUGCAAGGUUGGAAGGACCGAGCGUUCCAACUUCUUACAUGGAUCGCCUUGCUUCCGUGCAGAUCCCAACAAGAAGUGGUAGUUUGGACCAAUUAACGGGUGUUUCUAUGGCAGCAAAACCUAACCAAUCGAGGCGCGCAGAGAGGUACUCUGAUCACGUGAUAAGCUACAAAACGCGCAAAAAGUUGGCGAAACAGGAAAAUAAUUGGUCUGUGGAAAACACUGACUCGGGUUCGAAAGACGAGUUAUAUUCAACCGAGAAUUUUCUGCACCAACUUCCCCCGCCAGCAGAUUUCACGACAACAGACGACGGUGGAAUAUUGGAUGAGAAUGCUUACGGAAAGUUCCUGAAAAGUGAAAGCUGUGAUGACUUCUUGUUCGAGCAAAGGAACAAACGCGAGCAGGAAACUCGUGCUGAAGAUGGCAGGGCGAACUUUACAAUUCGAGAUGGUGGAAUAAACGCAAAGCAUAAAUUAUGGGCAAAGAAGAACGGACCGAUGAAGAACGUUGCCCGGUCGGGACAUUCGAGAUUCUUACACCAGUUUGACAAAUCCGGCAACAUUUUCACAUCGGCUGAUUCUACAGAGUCGUCUCCUACUGCUAUUGCUAAUAACUCAAACCAGGGAGAAUUGAGACGUAACGGGUACCUUCGUAAAAUGAAAGCAAACGUAUUAACACCAUCAAAGCUUGUAAGCGUUGGAGAAGUUGGUUGCCGGACACCACAAAUGAAAAAAACUCAAAACGAUAUAAAGUCCCGUGCAGGUAAAGCGAAGAAGAGGUGGCCGAUUACAAGGCACAACUCACAAUCUAUUGAUAUCCCAGUGGUCGGUAGCUCAAUAGAUGAAGGGACAUUCUCUGACUUGGCAGAUUGUGCGAACCAUUUAGACUCAAAGCUGCAUUUACCGGUACCUGCCGUACAACAUAGCUUCGGAAGCUCAGAGCAACUUUAUUUUGAAUCCAGAUCACCCAGAUUGCAGCACCGUGGCCAUACUGACCGACUUGAUAAACAGCUAAACCAGAACAAGAGGAACAGAGUGAUUCCAUACUUAACGAAAAGCAGCACCCUUUCAAACAGUCACUGUCAACCCCAAAACGGCCUCAUGUCCGUAAUGCGAGCUUCUUCAACGCACAGCAUCAACCAAAGCGACCAACCACCCCCGUACCAUAACGUACAUCAUACCAUAGGACGAUACCAAAGUAUUCCAAUGACAGAGUUGAGCAAAAGCACUGAAAACGGCAUUUGGUUGCCAAGCGGUGGAUUUACAGAACUUUAA